UUCCCGAGCCGCGCACGGGGCGUUUUUUCUCCGCCGCUGCCAGCGGGCUCCCGGCCCGGCUGCUGUCCAUGGAGACGUGCGGAGGGGGGUGCGGGGCUGAGCGGUGCGGGACCGAGCAGGGUGAGCAGUGAGGAGCUGAGCCGAGCCGUGCGGGGCAGUGUGGGGCAAUGCGGGGAGAUGCGGGGCACAGCAGGACUGAGCAGUGUGGAGCUGAGCUGAGCUGUGCGGGGCAGUGCAGAGACAUGCGGGACACAGCAGGGCUGUGCGAUACGGUGCGAGACCGAACAGGGUGAGAAGUAGGGAGCUGAACUGAGCGGUGCGGGGCCAUGCGGGGCACAGCGGGGCUGUGCGGGGCCAAGCAGAGUGAGCGGUGCGGGGCUCUGCGGACCGGGCCCCAAGGACCCUGCAGACACCACCAUCGCCGUCCCCAGACUCUGCUCGGCUCCGCUCCAUCGCGGAGCCGUCGCUCGGUGCCGCCGGUGCCGCCCCGCGGCGGGGGCGGGCGGGGCCGCCCGUCCGGUUCCGGGUCGGCGGAAGAUGGCGGCGCCCAUGGAGCUGUUCUGCUGGGCCGGGGGCUGGGGGCUGCCCUCGGUGGAUCCCGACUGCCUGGCUGUGCUGGGCACCUGCCUGCGCUGAGGACACGGGACGAGGGCACCAUCUCCAAAGCACAGCAUAUCAUAACACACCUCAGGAAACAGAAGUACAACGCUGACUACGACCUGUCGGCCACGCAGAGCGCGGACGCACUGGCCUUCGUGUCCCUGCUGGAGGAGAAGCUGCUGCCAGUACUGAUCCACACCUUCUGGGUGGACGCAAAGAACUACGUGGAGCACACACGGAAGUGGUACGCGGAAACCAUCCCCUUCCCCCUCAACUUCUUCCUGCCCAACGCAAUGCACAAGCGGCAGCUGGAGCGGCUGCAGCUGUUGUGGGGGGAUGACUACAUGGAGGAUGAGGAGAAGCUGGAGAAGGAGCUCUAUCGGGAAGCUCGGGAAUGCCUGACACUCCUCUCCCAGCGCCUCGGCUCCCAGAAGUUUUUCUUUGGAGACUCGCCGGCCUCCCUCGACGCCUUGGUCUUCAGCCGCCUGGCGCCGCUCCUGAAGGCGAAGCUGCCCAACGGGAAACUGCAGCAGCACCUGAAGUCCCUGCAGAACCUGUGCAACUACUGCACCUCCAUCCUCAGCCUCUACUUCCCCUGGGACGGAGGUGACCCCCUGACUGGUGCCCCUCGGUCUGCGGGCACAGAUGGCAGUGAAGCAGAGGAGGACCCCCACAAAUGGCGCAACCAGCUGCUGUCGGUGCUGGUGGGGCUGGCAGCCAUGCUGGGCUACGCCUUCCUGAGCGGCAUCGUCUCCAUCCAGCGCGGCAGCGUGGGGCCAGCCGGCCGGCAGCCCAUCACCCUGGAGGAGGAAGAGGAGGAGGAGGAGUGAGGACGAGCUGUGUGACUGUUCCUCCCCAGCCCCUGGAACUGACUGUUUUUACACUGGGAGCCUGGCAGCAUCGCUCCCCGCUCUGUGUCCCACCAGGAAGCACAGCCCCCUCCGUGGGAGCAUCCCUGCCAUGCCAAUAAACCUCCCUCUCUCCACCUGCA